AACUGGACAUUGUCAACAAUAAUUACCACCGAGUGUCAAACUGACACGAACAAAUAGACAGAUAUCUAGAUGAUGAUGGCCAUUCGAUAAAAGUACCUUUCAUACUGAUUUCUGCGCACUCGAUCGUCGUUCUUCUUCAGCUAUGGCCAGGAUUAUCACCAACCUUAACACUAAUUAAAUAAAAAUAUUUAACAAUGAGUAAUUACUUAAAUCAGUAAAAAAUGAACAAAGUAACAAAGUCAGAUCUUUAUCAAGGAUUAUUUCCGAUUUAUCAUCUAAGUAAAGUGCUGGGUUUAUUACCAGUGCGGUUUGUUCGUCAGCGAAGUGAUCGUUACCUCGGAAGCAUUUAUAUAAUUGAUAUCGUGUACGGCGUUUGCUUGCUCGUAUUUUUUUCAGUCGCCGAAGCAUGGGGUCUCUGGCGAGAUCUCAGAGACGGCUGGGAAAACAGUACCAGGUUGAAACAUCAAACAGCGUUGAAUAUUACUAUUGGUGACGUUACUGCUGUUGCUCUAUUAGCAGCCGCUGGAGUUAUUGGUGCUCCUUUUAGAUGGAGACAUAUUCGUGAAAUGAUGGCCCGGCUUAUUCAUGCGGACGAACGUCUCGGCUAUAUAACUCCCAAAAAAACUCAAAGAUUCGCUAUUAUUUUAUCCAUAUCUACGAUCGUAUUUUUAAUAAUCUUAGCGUCGCUUGACAUAUAUUCGUGGGACCUUCAGACUAAAAUGAAGCGAAAAAUGCCAGACAAAGGACCGAUAAAUUACUCCCCGCUUUAUUUUUUCUAUUUGCAAGCAUUAUUUACAGAGAUCCAAUAUACAAUAGCGACUUACAAUUUAUGCGAACGUUUUAUAAGACUCAAUAAAAAUCUGGAAAAUUUACUCAAGAACAGCAAGACCUAUUUGCGGAGAGAUAAUGACCUUGUGAGCGAGGAUAAAUUUCCAAUGACUAUCCUCAAGUCGGAAGCUAGUGGUGGAAGCAAUAAACAUGACCGAAGACUCUUCAGGACUCCUAAAAUAUCCGGAUGGACAGCUGAAGAACGCGAGUCUCGAGACGUGAUGGACACGGUGAUACAGCUGAUUACUAUUCACGCGUCGCUGUGCGAUGUAAAUAAACUGAUAAACAAAGCUUUUGGGUUCCCGAUGUUAAUUGUUGCGCUGACGGCGCUUUUUCACUUGAUAAUAACGCCGUAUUUUCUUCUGAUGGAGGCCAGCAGCGACAGAGAGACCUUUUUUAUAAUAGUCCAAUGCUUGUGGUGUAUUCUUCAUGUCUAUCGGGUAGUUGUUGUCGUUCAGCCGUGCUAUGCAACGACUAAUGAGUCUCAAAAAACUGCUGUACUCACAAGCCAAUUACUUACUUACUCUUGGCAAACAGAAAUUCGUAAACAGCUUGAGAUAUUUUCACUACAAAUUUUACACAGACCGCUUCAUUUCACAGCUUGUGGACUUUUUUCAUUGGACCGAGCUCUUGUUACUUCGAUGGCCAGUGCAGUAACCACAUAUCUUGUUAUUUUAUUGCAAUUUCAAAAAGCUGAUGACACCAAAGACAGUACUAAUGUACUGAGAAAUGCAACAUUAUUACUAAAAAAUGUCUCAUCAACUGGAAUCAAACUCAUUACUUAAAUAAUUUAUUAAU